GUUUCUAGCUACUUCUCACGCUUGAACUUCACAGUGAAAUACUUUAAAAAUUUACUGCAAUAGGCUCGGUAGUUGUGCCAAAGUCAAAGUCGGCCGGUAGAAUUCUCGAUCGUGUAAACUUUUCACCUGAACAAUAAAAAAGGGCAAGCUUGUCUCAUCAAAGACAAAGAAUCCACAUCACGUCGAAAUGGCCUCAUCUUCCGCUCCGACUCUUUUGGCCGACGGAACGGCCUCUUCAAAUCUGGCCGCCUCCCCAGCCACGCUCAUCACCACGACCGCAGAAGACUGGCUUUCCUCCAACGAUUUCACUUUGACCACCCGGUCUGUCUACGAAAAACUGAUCCACGGGCAGGGCACUUCCGACCGGAACAUCGCACAACAUAUCUUCGUCGACACAAUUAUCGGACUGCACAAGGAGCUGUUGUUGAAAGAUUCCAUGAUUGUGGACGGGAACAACGCGGUUAUCGAUUACGACACAGGGAAUGUUACUAACUGUUUGAGUUUACUCCCGUUACAGCAGUACCUCCCGGAGCCCGACGAAGAAUUCAUCAAAAACUGCUGCGACACGCUGCACGAAAGCACGAAGUUAAUGGAGAAAAAUCCGCAGCUGCAAGCCGGAAUGAAUAGUAAUCACGAAAUCGAGAUUUUCCCCACCUGGUUUGAGAUGCAGAAGCAGGGAAUUGCGGACUACGAGCAGUUUUUGGAAAUGAUUCAGGCGGUUUUUGUCCAAAUUGCGCAUUGCGCGGAACUAUUGCAGCAGCAAUUGAUGCAGUCGGAUUUUGGGAAAUUAUCCCGGAAGUUGAAUGGCGGACUGAUUGACCCAGGGACCAUUGUCGCAGAUGUGCUGAACAACGCGGGAUCGGCGGGGCAGGGCGGUUUAGCAGCGACGAGUCUGCUGCGGCAUCCCAGUGUGCACGGGGUCCAGGGAAGGAACUGCUAAGAUAGGUUGCUUUCUGUUGUCGUUUCAUGGCACCAGACGGAUUGAAACAACGAUGAUGAAGUCACUACCUCACCGAGACAAAGUUUUGGCUCAGAGAACUACGUAGACGUGAAACAGAAACAGAGAAAUGGAAUGUUUUGCUCUACUCUCCAGAGCCGGUCGUCGCGCUGGCAGCGACAUUCAUAAAAAGUGCUUUUAUUUCUCAUUGUCAGCAGUGGUGUGCAACUUGUUAGGUCC